AUGCUAGGUGGUGAAGGUACGGUUAACGCAAAAUAUUCAAAGUAUAAUUCAUCUGUUACACAUACCGUUCUCACCUGCCUGGCCAAGUACAACAUCGAACAGUUCUGGAAACUCGAAACCAUUGGCAUUCAACCAGAAGAGGACGACCUUGAGAAUGACAAAAAGGCUGCGGAACAUUUUCUUCGAACUGUACGUCGACAGUCAGACGGACGAUAUAUUGUUGGGUGGCCAUGGAAGAAUGAUCGUCCAUAUCUUUUAGGAAAUUAUGGUCUUUGCUAA